GAGCCAAAAGAUGAUAUGGUAUAUACUUUUACUAAGCCUUGGAUUGGUGAUGGCUUAUUGGUGUCUGAAGGUCAGAAGUGGUUUCGCCACAGAAGGCUCUUGACCCCAGGUUUCCAUUAUGAAGUUUUGAAACCCUACGUAAAUCUGAUGUCAGACUCUGUUAAAACCAUGCUGGACAAAUGGGAGAGUUAUGCAAAAACCAAUGAGUCCUUUGAAUUGUUUAACCACGUGAGCCUUAUGACACUGGACAGCAUCAUGAAGUGUGCGUUCAGCUACAACAGCAACUGUCAGACCGAGAGCGGAACAAAUGAAUACAUCAAGGCAGUGUAUGAGAUCAGUCAUUUGAUUAACCUGCGGUUCAGUAUGUUUCCAUACCACAAUGACCUCAUUUUCUACCUCAGCCCACAUGGCUUCAGACUAAGAAAAGCAUGCAAGGUGGCUCACAGUCACACAGGGGAAGUCAUACGAAAGAGGAAAGAAGCACUCAAGGAGGAGAACGAGCUGGAUCGCGUACAAGGAAAGAGAAACGUGGACUUUCUGGACAUCCUUCUCUUAGCGAGAGAUGAGAACAAACAGGGUCUGUCAGAUGAAGAUAUACAAGCAGAGGUGGACACCUUCAUGUUUGAAGGCCAUGACACUACAGCCAGUGCCAUGUCCUUCAUCCUCUACUCUCUGGCCUGCCACCCAGAGUACCAGAAGAGGUGCCGGGAUGAGGUCCUUCAAGCCCUGGAUGGCAAGGACACCAUGGAGUGGGAGGAUCUUGGUAAAAUUCCAUACACUACAAUGUUCAUAAAAGAGUCCCUCCGCCUUUACCCUCCGGUACCAGGAAUGUCCAGAAUCACCACCAAGACCAUUACCUUUUUUGAUGGAAGGACUUUGCCUGCAGGGAGUCGAAUUGGAACAAGUGUGUAUCCGCUUCACAGGAAUGCAACUGUCUGGGAAAACCCUGAAGUCUUUGACCCACUGCGUUUUCUCCCGGAGAAUGUUUCCAAGAGGCCUCCUCACGCAUUCGUGCCCUUCUCUGCUGGGCCAAGAAACUGCAUUGGUCAGAACUUUGCCAUGAACGAGCUGAAAGUGUCCACAGCGCUGACACUGCAGAGAUACCAUCUGAUCGAGGACCCGACGCAAACACCACAGAUAAUUCCUCGACUGGUGCUUCGUUCACUUAAUGGCCUCCACAUCAAAAUAAAACCUGUAGACCCAUGAGUGAAAAUGGAAAUAACUGUUGAAAAAAAACCUGGGAAAUAAAUGACUCAUAAAGGGAACUUCUUCUAUGAUUUGACUAAACUUUUAAACUAACAAAGAAUCAUAAACAGAUACUAAUGAAGU